CUUUCGUCUCCCCCACUCCCCAAAAACACACAAACACUCUGGGAAAAAGCCGACACCUAUACGGAAAGGCGCGGAGAGGGGAAGCGAGAACCGCGCAAGAUCCUCCUCACUUUUCCGUCGGAUUUGACGGGCCUCUUUCUCUCCGGGAGCCAGGCGGCCGUAUGCGCCGUAGCGGCCGGUUAAUACCGACUUGAGUAUAUCACACCACGCCCUUGGUCCGUCAACGGCUACCAGCGCCCCUCCCAUGGAACAGCGGGGAGCGCGGCAAGAGGAGGUGGAGAAGGAGCAGGAGGCGCCGCCGAUCCCUCCCCCCAAGGAAAACCAGGAGGAAAGAGAUUUCAAGAUAUCCUCUCGUGUGGUUUCCUUGUUGUUUGGUGGUGGUGAAAUCUCAACACCAGCCCAGACAUUUGAGAAAUGGGUGUCGCUGGUACGUAAGCGGAGUGGGACAUUCCGUCCAUCUGGGUUCCCUCGUCGGAGUUCACGGAUUGAAGUGAUGCCAAGUGGAAGCUUCUCACUGUUUAGUACGACAGAAUUAAGUGAGCAAGUGGUUAGAGCAGAACCUGCCCGGAAAGAAGAGAAUCCUUUGACGUUUGAUCAGCCUCCUGAAUUAAGCUUGUGGGAGAGGCUUGGAAAUGCUUCUGCAUUAGACAUUGAAUCAUCUGACUUUUCAUGGAGAAUGCUGUCAUCUCUGCACCAUACAGAACACAGUAGUAGCUCAGAACACUCUGAAGAUGAGAUGAGUAAAGCUCUUGAGGUAACUGUGAACUCUGGUGGCGUUGUGUUCUUUGCUCUAUUUAGUUCUUUAGGCAACAAUGGUUUACCAAAAGAAGAAGCGUCUGUUAUUAAGUUUGCAGCAUCGAAGAUGGCAACACAGGCAGAGCUUUUGGGUUAUGAAUUUGCACGGUUGCUUGGGGUCCACACACCACAAGCUAGAGUAGUACAUAAUUCUAGCAUGGAGUGGCAGGAGAUUAAACAUGCUGCAGAAAAUGCACGAGCAGUGGCGGUUUCAAAUAACGAUGAGAUCGGUGAGAUGACUUGCUCAGAGUUACUGGAAGCUCUUGAACUUAGCCGCUGUCUUCUUCUAAUGAGUUAUAUCCAUGGCUCCCCCCUGCUUGAGAGUUCAAAGGCAUUCAGUUCACGGCAAGCCGCAUGUGUUACUUCUUCAUCCCUUGGAAGGGUCUUAAUGCUAGAUCUGAUACUCAGGAAUGAGGAUAGGCUCCCAUGCCGUCAGCUCGGUUGGCGAGGUAAUCCUGCAAACCUGAUGAUUUCAGAUAGACCAUCCUCACCCAGUAUGGACAGAUUUGAGGAUUCAAAGAACACUCCGGAAAGCUCCAAUCCACUGAUUUCUGAUAUUUUUCAAAGAGAAAAAUGGUUUCACUCUGCAAAUGGAAGAUUAGAUUCUCCUGACUUGGACGUCAUGUCAGGAAAAGCAGAUGCAUUGAUAAAUGUACGAGAAAAUGCUGAAAGUACGAGCGGGACUUUCCACAUUGUAGCAAUUGACACUGGGGUACCUCGGCGCCCACCUGCAGGAAGACGUGUGAAAGAUCAUGAGCGGUAUCCCAAAGUUAUGGAGCUCAUUUUGAAUAACUCAGAUUACUCAUCAAAUAUCUUAUGGGAAAUUUCCGGUGGUAAGCUUGGGCUUCCAGGACCUGAUGAGGCAAUUACUUCUGCUGAUUCUUGUUGCUCUCUUUCUGAUGAAGACAAUGCUGCUGCGAUUCACGAAUUCCGAGUGGCAUUUCGUGCAGCUCUUAGGGACCUGGAGGGGUUCCAUCUAUUUCUUCUCCAGUUAUACCAAAAAUUGGACGGUGUUCUACGAGUUUUCUCGUCUAUAAUUACAAAAAGCUCCGAGGAAUCGGACCACAACGAUAUUGCAAUUUCGGAUUUUCCAUCUCCAGGAGGCAGCUACAGUACUCCUUGCCCACCUAGUAAGCAACUGAACAAUGAACUUUAUGGUGAAUCUGGAAUGCUGAAAUCUGCGACGAAGUCAUCUUCUGCGGGCUCCAGGGGAAGCUCAGAUUCAGUUUCUCCUAUGUCCAGGGAUAGUUGGAGCAAUAAACAUUUGAAGGGGAGUGUGGAUGCUCCUCGAAGUCUAAGAAUGACAAUGAAACUUCGUGAUUUUUACAAGACUCCGAAGGUUGAUCUUGAUCCUGAAUUUCUCAAGGAGAUAGAACAUUGGAAUGAAGCGUUUAAGACCGAUGUGAUCAGAUUUUGUCAGGAGAACAAUUUCCAUUCUGGAUUCUUUGAUGGAACUGAGAACAACAUGGUUGCUGAUGCUUAUGAGUUAAAGGUGCGUCUUGAACACAUCAUUGAAAGGAUAGCCUUGGUAUCUGAUUCUGCAAAUACGGAACGACCUUCUCUUGUUAUCGACAACUUAUUUAUAGGUGGGGCUCUUGCUGCGAGGUCUAAGUACACCCUUCAGCAUUUGGGCAUUACCCAUAUACUAUGUUUGUGUUCGAAUGAAAUUGGUCAAUCUGAUACCCAAUUUCCUGAUAUUUUUCAAUACAAGAACUUUUCAAUUAGUGAUGAUGAUGACGCAAACAUCAGUGAUCUUUUUGAAGAAGCAUCAGGCUUUAUCGAUCAGGUUGAUCAUGUUGGGGGCAAGGUCCUCAUCCAUUGUUUUGAAGGGAAAAGUCGGAGCGCUACAGUUGUCCUUGCCUACCUGAUGCUCAGAAAGGGCUUCACUCUUUCGAAAGCCUGGAACUUGCUAAAGAAAGUACACCGACGGGCGCAACCGAAUGAUGGUUUCGCCAAGGCCCUGCUGGCCCUCGACAGGAAGCUUCACGGGAAGGUGUCGAUGGACUGGCAGCAGAAGCGGCCCGAGAUGAAGGUGUGCCCAAUAUGCAGCAAGAACGUGGGGCUAAGCACGAGCUCGCUGAAGCUGCACCUGCAGAAGGCACACAAGCGGCUGUCGCAGGGCAGCGUGGACAGUGCCAUGACCAUGGAGAUCCAGAAGUCGAUCCAGUCGCUCCGGAUCAGCCGUGGUGGGAGCCUGAGCCCUUCUCAGAAGCUGGCUAAGGCGUUUGCUGAUGAGCUCAGCUUCUGAACUUUUGCUCUUUUGUAUUACUAUCUGCUGUAACGGUGAUGUACACGGCUGUACUCUAGCGAUAGAUGCACGCAGUGGAUCCAUUUUUAGGAUCGAGAAAAUGACCGUGAACGUGGAUUUGACAAACAUUAGCGCAUAAGUAGGAGCAGCAAGACGAACCCCGUCCGUGAGGGGGAAGACGAUGAGGGCCACUUAAUUAUAAAUCCAACCACAGCUGGUUUUGGAAGGACGGACAUGAAGUCCAUUCGUCGUCUUCAAAUACACAUGCUACAUAAUUUUCUUUCUUUUCGAGAUGAUAAUUUUCUUUCUUUUCGAGAUGGUAAUUUUCUUUCUUGGCAACUAA